AGCGCUUGCCACAAGCGCUCAUGGUCUUCGUCAUUUCCGCCACUACCACCGAUAACUCGACAGAGCAGCGCGACGCGCUCAGCGCUGCAUCCGCGAUGCCUAUAUAUGGAAUAGCACUCAAGUCACGAUGUUGUACAUAACGAACAUGUAUUAAAGCAUCUUCAUCGUGGGUACUAGAUCAAAUGAAAGCCUCAUUUUAAGUAUAGCGCUUUCAACCACCUUGAGGCUUGGACCCACAUUCCAACAUUUCUGUGUAGCUCUGUCGAAUGCUGCUUGUUACAGCUACUGCUGUCUUCGCACCAGGCUUUCUCGUUGCAUCCUGGCUUCUCUUUCGAAGAUCUGCCUACUCUGAAUCAGAUACUGAAGCAAUCUCAAUUCAUUUUCUAAGGAAAAAACUCCCUCAAGAUUUAACGGAAUGGCGCACUCAUACGCGAUAUAUCACAUCUUGGAACCACUUGCGCCGCUUCCUUGCAGGGUUUGGGUACAGGCUAUGGUCUUUUGACCAUUUAAACCCUUUGAAGCCGGGAAUUCUAACACCUCCUGGGCGGCAGUAUGGUGACUCCAGUGGAUUUUUGUAUGCGAUACCCGUAUCUGCACAAGUUGAAGAAGAAGAAUUGAAAAGUGUUGGGGCUUCAGACUUGCAUUCCCCAGGUCCGGGUCCUGAUCUGGGAAUAGGCAGCUUAGCUACUCCUAGACAUAUCCUAUGGCCAGCGCGGCAUGAUCACGGAGACGUUGUAAUUCGUGUCCUUUCCGUGGGCGGAGAUGGUCUUCGUUCACUCAAAAUUUUACGUCAAGUAGCAACCGCCCCAGAAGCUUUGAUUCGUUCUAAUCAUACUCUUCCGUUAUUUCGCGAGAUUGUGUUGAAGGAUAUCAUAUUGGGCGUUUUCCCAAGGGUGACGGCUAGUUUAACGGAAGUGUUCGUUCCCAACAAAAUGCGUUUUGUCGCUGAAAUAGAUAUGAUGGAGAUCUUUACGCAGUGCCUAGAGGCUCUAGACUUUCUUCAUCAAAACCUCAUUGCUCAUCUUAACGUCACUUUUGACAACUUCCUCAUCGACUUCCCGCCCCUCUCGCAUCUUCAAAAACGUCCUCUCACGGGGAGUCCUCGGGUGUUCAUCACCAACUUUGACCGCGCCGUAUCUUUUCUUCCAAGUACGCCUGCUGCAGAAAGAUUCUGCCUCGGGGGACAUCUAUUCGCAUAUCAACCUCCUGAAGAGGAACAGGAAUCAACCAAAGACACGUUCUUAGCGCGAAAACGUGCGCUAGAAAGUGUUACCGAGAGCAAGGAACAGAGUAAAAAGAGGCCGUUAACUUCGAAGCCUCCGGAGAUUGUUGACUCUCGACAUCGGUUUUCGCCUUUUCCUGUGGACUGUUGGCAGUUUGCGUCAAGUGUUUUGACACUGGAAUCUGAGUUUACUGAAGAUGGUAGUGACAGUGGUUUCAUAUUGAUAGAACCUGUUCAUGAACUGUUCCGUACCAUGGCAUCAGACGACCCGACAUGCAGGCCUUCGGCUUUCGAUGCGCUCAUUGGUCUACAACAUAUUCUCUAUCCCAGUUGAAGUAGCUUUGAGCUAAAGCUGACUGAUAUUUUAUCUAUACUUUUAGGUAUUUUCGGACAUGACUUGUAGGUCGUUGAUAAUGUAUUUAAGAGUAAGUAAGUCACUUAUUUGUUGU